AUGGCGGGUGAAAACAAGCCAAAGGUGAGAACAUCACCAUCGUCUCUCAUGAUUCUCGAAGACUGUACUGACACAAUGGCAGGGGCUCUUCGACCUGCCGACUGAGCUCUGGCUGGAUAUCGGCAAGAAAGUCAUCGACGAGGAGGACAUGAUUGGAAACACCACCUUCUUCAGAAAGAUCGUACCGCCCGAGCCCGCAAUCUUCAACGCGUCCGACCGCCUCCGCGCAGCACUCGAAGCCUACUACUACACCACCAAGACCGACAUCCUGUACAGCUGGCGCAUCGCAAAGUUCUUCAACCAGUGGGCUCACUCCAUCGGUGCCGAGAAUCUGACUCUCUGCAACAUCGAAGUCGUGGUCUGGACCAAACAGGCAUGGGAGCAGGAAGAGCAACUCCGACGGUCGCUGUUCAAGACCUGGGGCGUCGAGGUGGAUCUGGAAGCCCUGGAGACCUUCGGCAACCCAGCGUGGCACACUGACGAGAUCGGUCCCGGCCCCAUCGCCCGCAGAUUCCGCUGCGUCUUCAAGUGA